AUGGCCACCAUUCUACCCCCGCCCUCGAAACGCCAGAGGCGCGAAGAACUCGAGCGAACAACGAUCCAGCAAGACGUCACGGCUGUCGCGCCUGGCGAGGAUGGCUCGUUCAAGGCUCGCUUCGUCGACGGCGACGGGAAACAGCUCGCCGAGGUCAUUGAGGUUCCCCUCGCCGACGCCUCGGAGAAGAACCUCAGUCUUCUCGUCAACACGCUACUAGACAAGGACCGCGAAGAUUACCUGCCCUACCGCUUCCGCAUCAACAUUCCCAACUCGGAGAUCAUCGUCGACACGUGGCCCGCCAAUUUUCUCGAGCUCCUCCGCAGCCAUGGCGUCACGAACCCGUUUGAGACGACGGUCACAUUGACGGCCGAGCCGCAGGCCGUCUUCAAAGUCCAGGCCGUCAGCCGCAUGGCGCACAGGAUACCGGGCCACGGCCAGGCCAUCCUGGCGGCCCAGUUCAGUCCCGCCACGAGCUCGCGGCUGGCGACAGGCUCGGGCGACAACUCGGUGCGCAUAUGGAACACGGAGACGGGCACGCCGCAGCACACGAUGACGGGCCACACGGGCUGGACGCUCUGCGUCGCGUGGAGUCCGGACGCUAAGAUCAUUGCCAGCGGCUCCAUGGACAAGACGAUCAGGUUAUGGGAUCCCGAGAAGGGUGUCGCGCGCGGCGGUGCGCUGACGGGCCACCAGAAAUGGAUCACGCAGAUCGCUUGGCAGCCGUACUUCCUGUGGACGGACGACACGCCGAGGCUCGCAUCGGCGAGCAAGGACUGCACCAUUCGCGUCUGGCUCGCCAACACGGGCAAGACGGAGCAUGUUCUCUCGGGCCACCGCUCCAGCGUGACCUGCGUCAAGUGGGGCGGCACGAACCUCAUCUUCAGCGGCAGCCAGGACAAGACGAUCCGGGCGUGGGACGCGGCCAAGGGCACGCUCGUCCAGACGUUCACGGCGCACGCGCACUGGGUCAACCACAUUGCGCUGUCGACGGACCACGUGCUGCGGACGGGCUUCUUCGACCACACGCCCGUUCCCGACACCGACGAGGGCAAGAGGGCCAAGGCGAAGGAGCGGUUUGAAAAGGUGGCCAAGGUCCAGGGCAAGAUUGACGAGCGCUUCAUCUCGGCGUCCGACGACUUCCUGCUCUACCUCCACUCGCCGUCGCAGGGCACCAAGCCCGUGGCCAAGAUGAACGGCCACCAGAAGCAGGUGAACCAUGUCACUUUCUCGCCAGACGGAAACCUCGUUGCUUCGGCGGGCUGGGACAACCACAUCAAGAUCUGGGCCGCUCGGGACGGCAGGUUUUUGGCCACUCUGCGUGGCCACGUCGGGCCCGUUUUCCAAGUUGCCUUCUCCGCGGACUCGCGCCUCCUCGUCACCUGCUCCCGAGACACCACCCUCAAGGUGUGGUCCAUGUCUACCUUUAAGCUCGUCCGUGACCUUCCCGGUCACCAAGACGAGGUUUAUGCAGUGGACUGGGCGCCCGACGGCAAGAAGGUCGGCAGCGGCGGAAAGGACAAGGCGGUUCGGCUAUGGUGUAACUAG